AUGACGUUGACUCCCUCGGCCCGGGGCCGUUCGUCUGAGUUUCGAAAUGACCAUGACCUGUAUGUGUCCAGCGCUUUGUCCAGCCCGUGUGCGGACGUGAAUCUCUUGGAUGUGGGUCAUCCCAUGUUCAACAGUGAGGCGUCCUUGAAGCAUCUCGUACGGCACCAGCGCAUCCGCACCAGCGGGAACUUGUCGAAGCGGCCGGCGGGAACGCGGGAGCAACGGUGGUGUGUGCUACCCAUGUGGAUGACCUGGUGGACCUUUUGGAUGGUCCUCGUAUGCAUCACUGCAAUCUUGGCAGUGAGCUUGGUGAAUAUCUUGAGUACCAAGAAUUUGUUGGAUCUUGAGCACAAGGAGUCUGUCCUGGGCCUGGCUCAGGUCUACGCUUCCGAGACGUCACGGCAACUCAGAUCCUCUGGCAGCUCCCUACAGGCCUUGGAGGCGUUUCUGAAGGUGGACGCCCAGCACCUGGCGCUCAGAUCUUUUGAUGGACUGGCACAUCCGUUGAUUUCCACCUAUCAGGGCAUCACAAGCCUUGGCUUAGCACCUCAUGGGCGGGUAGAGCGAGUCUAUCCAGCAGGUCCUUUUCAUGUUCAGAAUCUGUCGAUUUUGCUCCAUCCGGACUUGGCUGCACCAGCAAUGAAAGCCAUGCAGAGGGGAGAGGUGCAGAUGUCGACGUGGACGCCUGACGGUCAUGAUCGCGCCAUCAUGAUUUGUCGCCCUAUCUUCACCUCCUAUGCGCCACCAGUCUUUCAGGAUGGCUUGAUGGUCGAUGUCAACGACACCAGGCACUGCAGCAACACCUCCAGUGGUGUUCCGGCGUGCUUCUGGGGAUUUGCCAUUAUGAUGUCUACCUUCGAUGAUCUUCUCAGGACGGUGGAGUUUUCCAACUUGGCGACCGGUGUGCAUCGGGUAGCGGGGUACUCGAACUUCGACUAUCACUUGUUGUAG